ACGGCCGCGCGCUGCAGUCACGAUGUGGUGAAGUUCAUCAUGCGCGCGCAUAGAGUGCAGGUAUUUAAUUAAUCUCAUAGAUUAAUAAUAGUAAGAAAAAAUACUGCAUGCCUUUUCCCCCCGUCAGAUAGCGACAUCGAGCGAUUAGGUAAAAAAUACACAUAUUUGCCAGCGUGUCGUGUGUGCGGCGUUUUUCUCGAACGGAGCGAGGUAAAUUAACUAGCAAGUUUACAAAAAUGAAUGUGAAGUGAAAUUACGGUUUUCCUGAUGGAUCGAACCAGGAAGGGGGGACUGGGGCCGCUGAUUUCCAGCAAGGUGCCAGAUAAGCUGCAGUGUUCCAUGCGAAUGGUGAAGGAGGGACCUGAUGACACAGAUGUCCCCCCGCUACCACACAAUAACCACUUAAAUGGGGAACCAGGGAACCAAGGAGGAGCUGAGCCCCUCUCCGAGGUCCUACAGAACACGGUGCUGAGGCUGUACUCUGACCACCUCUCCCCCGAUGGCAAGUCAGUGGAUUACCGGGGCAUGUCCUGCAGCUCGGCUUUCAGGAGAUACUGUGAGCUGACUGUGCAGUUCCAGAGAGUUCGUCUGGGUUCGCUGAGUCGGGAGGAGACACUGGCCUUCUUCAUCAAUAUCUACAACACCCUGGUUAUCCAUGGCACCCUACUCUUGGGCACACCCAAGAACCUCUGGCAGAGAUACCGGUUUUUUACCUAUGUAAGCUACAUCAUCGGGGGUGAGGUGUUCACACUACAGGAUAUUGAGAAUGGGGUGCUGAGGGGGAACAGAAGGGGUAUGACACAGCUCCUAAAGCCCUUCUCCAAGGACGACCCACGUCUCCAGGCAGCGCUUCCUGAUGCUGAACCACUGGUUCAUUUUGCCUUGAACUGUGGCACAAAGAGUUGCCCUCCAAUCAAAACCUACUCAGCCAAGGACAUUGACAUACAGUUGUGCACCGCUGCACAAGCCUUCCUGGAGACUGACAACAGCUGCAUGGUGGACGUUGUGAAAGGGGAGGUCAGGCUCAGCCAGAUCUUCAGGUGGUACAAGGAGGACUUUGGUGGCACAGACAUGAAGGUGCUCAGCUGGAUUGUGACUCACAUGAAUGAGUCCCCAAAGAAAUCCAGUCUACAGGCUCUCCUGGCAACAACCAACUACAAAGUGAACUACCUGCCAUAUGACUGGUCCACAAACAGUAUGGAUUGAAGCUACAAAACUAGUGCUGUGUUGCUAUGAAUGCGGUCCCCCUACACAAAGACUUUUUAUUGAUUGGUUCCCAGGGAAAAAGCACAGUGAAAGAGGUAAGUGAGUGCACGCCUUCCUCUGAGCACGUUUCUUUCAUAAAUAGGUGUUAAGUUCCUGUUAUCCAUUUUGUCCGCACACUGGGUAACACCUCAGCUGUUACUACUCUAAACAGAUGGAGGAUGACCGUAUUUACUGGAUAGUCCUUUAACAGUCCACAUGAAUUCUAAUGCUUUGAAAUAAGGGACCUUUUUGUCUAUAUUUUUAUUUAUAUUUCAUCUAGCAGGCACUUUUCUCCAAAGCAACUUACAAUUCAGGGUAUACAGAGGUCUUUCAAUGAAUUUAGUGGUAUUGACAUGCAUUUUCUACUGGUUGCAUAAUACAUUGGACUCUUCAGAAUUUGCUUUUCACUUUCACACUCUGUAUGAUUUUGUGACUCACCAAAAAUAUGAAAUUCAAACAAUUAUAUCCUGUGAGACAAGAGUGGAAUGGCUCGGUUGCUAGUGAGGUAGCUGCUUCUAAUGCUAUAAUAGUUCAGUGCAGUAAUGAAUACAGGAAUGUGCCACAGGGAUCAAGGGCAAAUUCACCCUUUGACUUAAGACUCAAAGCAGGAACUUGGGCAAAAAGCUUACUUUUCAUACCUUUUUCUUAACAGUGUCCCACACAGCUUAUGAAACUACACUUCCUUUUUUCAUCAUGUGGGCUUUUUAUUCUUUUACUAGAGCAUUUUUACCAGUUACAGUUAUUUCACAUCAACAGGGGGUACUUUAUUCUGUGCAAUGUUUGUAUCAGACAUUUGUACCAGACAUUUUGGAAUAUAAACACACACUUGGUUUCAAAUUAAAAAGGUUUUUGUCCCUCAGCGGCAUCACGCUGCACAUUUUCUGGCUAAAUGUAAUCUAUUACUUUCUACAUUACCACGGAGAUAAUGGCCAUUGUCACAAAUAAAGCCUUAAUCCAGCAUUCAAGUGAAGAUCAUCUAAUGUCAGACAUUUGUUAGUAAUGUUACAGAGCAUCCAAGUGUUUUCGUGCUUUGCAAAAUGAUAGCCAUGGCCAUGUGAACAUAAUUUCUUUUAAUGCAACAAACAUCCGUGAGCCAAAUGAUGAAAAUGUCUUCAAAAACAACGGCCGAAAGGAAAACGCAAAAUUCGGUGGGAAAGGCUGCAAUGGCAGAGCAAGGUAAAUUGAAACAAAAAUAUAAUAUUGAAAGAUGUUAAAAAUAAUUUUUUUUUUUUUU